GUUUUGCUCUUGGUGACAACAGGCGGAGAACCGGCCGUCUGUGUCGGAUCAGAACAUGCGGUUGUUAUGAAAGUGUCUCGAAAGGCCCUUAAAGGAUUUUGAAUUAGUUUAUUUCCUGAAAGACAGCUGUCAACAUGAAGGAGGCGCCGUACUCGAAUAUUGAAAAGAAUUUUUUGAAGAAAGCUUUAGGGGAGAAGAAGCGAUUGGAUGGCAGACAGUUUGAUGAACGUCGAAAUCUCAAGAUCAAUUUUGGAAAGGAAUAUGGCUGUUGUCACGUGGCUCUUGGUGAUACAAGAGUGCUUGCCCAGAUUUCAAGUGAAAUUCAACAACCAAAAUCAACUCGUCCCAAUGAAGGUCAUAUUUACGUCAAUGUUGAAUUCAGCCCUAUGUCUGCAGAGCAUGUAGAACCAGGAAAACCCUCAGAGGACUGUGUUGUAGUCAACAGAGUUCUUGAGAAGUGCUUAAGAGAAUCUAAGUGUGUUGAUUUAGAAUCGCUUUGCAUUAUAGCUGAUGAAAAAGUUUGGACAUUACGAGUUGAUAUUACAGUUCUGAAUAUGGAAGGAAAUAUUAUUGAAUGUUCAUCUAUUGCUGCCCUUGCGGCUCUGGCACAUUAUCGUCGCCCAGAUGUAACAUCUACUGGUGAAAGAAUCAUAGUCCAUGAUUAUAGCGAAAAGGAACCAAUCCAAACAUCGUUGCAUCAUUACCCCAUCUGUUUGACAUAUGCCAUUUUCAAUAAGGGAAAGCAGAUUGUUGCGGACCCUACCCUUAUCGAAGAACAAACAGCAGAAGCCAGUCUAAGCGUAGGAAUGAAUGCAUAUCGUGAAUUGUGUGGGCUGCACCUGGGAGGUCUCGCUCUUAGUGACCAUACGUCUAUCUUAAAGGUAGUGCAGAAAGCUGGUAUUGCUGCUGCUGAUAUUGUGCAAACUAUUAAGAAAAGCCUGGCAGAAGAUGAAGAGGCCAGGUCCAAAAAUGAAGUAGUUGGUCUAUCAGUUUGUAUCAGGGCUGGAAGAAUCACAACUCUAUGUGAUCAACGAAUGAAGGUGAAAGUAAAUUCUCAAUCUAUUCAGGCAGCAGCAGAAAAAUUAGUUGCUCAAAAUCGAGUCAAUAAACAUACUAAGUGGGAUGAUGAAGGCAAUGAAACAGAAUCUGGGCCAUCCAAUAAAAUUAUAGUAAAUCUUGGUGACUGCUCAGCAGAACUCCAGGAUGCCAGUGACCAGGAGAUGGAGGAAUCAUCCGAUGGUGAAGAAGCAGACGAAGAUGACGAUGAAGAUGAUGACAUGGAAGCAGAGGAAAACAAAGCAGAGGAGCAAGAAGAUAAUGUUGAGGAACCGAAGAAAGACACAAAUGAUGAUGAAGAUGAUGAUAGCGAAGAAGAACCAGUUGUUUUAGAACAGCCAAAAAUAUCUCCCAAAAAGGAAUUCAACAAGAAAAAAGAUAAAAAAAACAAAUCUGCAAAGAAAACUGCUCACCAAGCUUCUAUGGAGGCUGGCUCGGAUGAUGAAUUACAAGUGGUUCAAGAACUCACUAAAGAGGAGAAAGACAGAAUGAAAAAAGUUGAAACUCUUGUUUUGGAUGAUAGUGAAGAGGAGGGGACAACAACUCUAACAGCUGGAGAAAUGGAAGUACCAUCUAAAAAACAAAUAUCAACUCCCCGUUCUAAACAACAGAGGAAGAGAAAGAAGAACCAGAACCAAAAUCAGAAUCAAAACAGAAAGAAUGGACAGAAGCCAGGCGGAGCCAGACAAUGGUAUGCUCAAAACGCGUGGUGAUCAAAUAGAUUUUUUUUUUUAAAUUGUAGCAUCUGUGAUUUGGUGUUGAUCUUUUAUUCAUUUGAUGUUGUUAUUGAUUGGUGAGGAGUAUUACAUAAUGAUAUUUGUAAAGGGUUCAAUAUUUCAAUAGAAAAAUUGAAGUGUAUAGCA